AUGAUUCGCGCUAUUGGACAACUGCAUGUUACUUGUAAAGAAAAAUCAACUGGAUGUGAAUGGACUGGAAUGUUGAAUGAUUAUCAGGUUAUCAGAUUCGAAUUUGAAAAUCACUUAUUAACUGAACAACAUCAAAGAAGUUUACUUGCAUUUCUCGAAAAAAUACAACAGUUAAUUAUUAUUUUUAAGUUCAAACAGCCUCUAACAACAAACAGUUCUACAUUUGUUACAGUUAAGCAAGAACCGAUGGAAUAUGAAACAAUGGAAUCUCAACAAUUAGCCACAGCGUUAAAGGUAACAAAUUCUGAAUCUAAUGAAAUAAAUCAAUUAUUAAGCGAAUUGCAAAAGUGUUACGAUUUAUUAACGAUUUUAACUCAAGGUAUACAAACAUUAGAAAAUGAUACAACUAGAUUAAGUACAGAAUCCAUACGUGUAAAUAGUCUAAUGCAAUCAAUAUUCAAUGAAUUAAAUCAAUUGAAAUCAAUUAAAAUUCAUACCAUAGAUACGUGUUUAGCUAGUAAAGCAUCCAGUCAAGAGAGUUUACAACAAGAACUAUCCAUAAUAAAACAAAAAGUAAAAGAAAUAGAAUUUAUGUCAUAUGAUAGCACAUUAAUAUGGAAAGUAACAAAUGUUACUGAUAAAACGACGGAUGCGCAAUCUGAACGAGAAACAUCAAUUUAUUCGCCUGUCUUCUACUCUUCACCAAUCGGCUAUAAAAUGUGUGCAAGACUCUAUUUGAAUGGUGAUGGUAAUGCUCGUCGAACACAUAUGUCAUUAUUUUUUGUUUUGAUGAAAGGCGAUUAUGAUGGAAUCCUUAAAUGGCCACUUAAUUGUAAGGUUACAUUUUGUUUAUUCGAUCAAACGGGACAGAAUCGACAUGUUAUUGAUUCUUUCAGACCUGAUACAAAAUCAAAUAGUUGUCAAAGACCACGACCCGAGAUGAAUAUAGCCAGCGGAAUUCCAAAGUUUUUUCCACUGCCGAUGAUUCGACAAGAUAAUAACAACUAUGUCAUAGACAAUACAAUGUUUAUCAAAAUUAUUGUUGAUUUUUCUGAUUUACCAAUAAUGAUACUGCCGUAUGCCUUAAGUUUGAAUCCUGGUUUACCUCAUCACAUUCAACAACAUUUGAUUGAAAAAAAAUUCAACAAUGUCAGGAACAAUCAAACGCAGCUGCAACUCUAG